AUGCCACCAAUUCGUCCCAAUGCAGCGCUCGGGGCGAGUUGCUCGUCCGGCCUAUCUGCCCUCACCAUAAAAUCAAAUGCCUCAGGCCACCCUUCGAACCCAUCCUGCCCAAGACCGAGGAACUGUGUAAAUUUGUCAUGGUCGCAGACCACUUCAGACUAUUCCGAACUUCUGGCACGGGCAGCCAUGCUGCACCCUCUCGCCCUCUGCACGAAGGGUAGCGUAUUACGCGAAGAAGAAAAAAGCAUCUGGAAUCACCCAUCGAAGGCGUCUCGUCGAAAUGUGUUCCUCAAGAAGGGCAGAACUUGUGCUAUACCUGAGAGGUUCUUCGAGCAGUUUCUUGCGGGUCUCGUACUCCAAAACCAACCUCAAAUUCUCGCCACGCAUGCAGAGGCUUUGCCCGUGCUGAGACAACAAAAAACCGACCGCUUUCCUCCAUCCCCUCCUCUUUCUCUCCCAAUUCCUUGA